CAAGUAGGUACAGCGCAGAUUACAAAUAGUACUUUUCGUUUUGUUUUUUAAUUUUUGUAUAAAUAAGAUACCAUUAUGCACUAUAAAACCUUUUUCUAUAAUUAUUCUUUUUAACUACAUCUUAUAAGAACUUAAUAAAGACUAGCUGUGCCCACGACUUUGUUCGCGUAGAACAGAACUGCUAUAAAAUGAUGAUCAUAAUAACUCUAGCAGCUUUGGUAAUAAACGCAGUAGUGGCUGAGGAAGAAAAGUACGACUUGCCAUUAUUAGAUAUGAAAGAAAUAGCCGGAAAUCCUAAUCAGCUAAAAAGCUUCUUGGACUGUUUACUCGAUAGAGCUCCUUGCAAGGAUGUUUACCAGGGUUAUAGAGAUUUAGCACCGGAAUCAAUCAGAGAAGCUUGCAGAAAAUGUACCACAGAAUUAAAAAUAUUCGCGUAUAUUUUCUUUUAUACGCUCAAGACCUUUUUACCUGAAGAAUAUCAAAACUUCCGAAACAAAUAUGACCCUGAUAAUAUUUAUAUCGACAGACUAGAAAAGGAAGUUAGCAAAUAUAGAUUGGCAGCAAUUGCUAAUUUGGAUAAAUUCAAUAUGGUGAUUACUCUAAUCCUUACCGCUUUAAUGAUUAAUCAAGCAAUUGCCGAAUCAUUUUAUUAUGACUUAGUACCCAUAGAUAUGAAAGAGCUAGCCAAAAAUCCAGCAGAGCUAUUAAAUUUUAUGGAUUGCUUGCUUGACAGAGGUCCGUGCAAUGAUAUCUACAAGGGUUACAGAGAGGACACUCCAGAAUCAGUCAGGCAAGCUUGCAGAAGGUGUACUACAGAGCAAAAGAUAUUCGUCUACCUUUUUCUUCUUACACUGAAGACUAUUUUACCCGAGGAAUAUAAAAACUUCAGAAACAAAUAUGAUCCUGACAACAUAUAUUUCGACAAACUUGAAGAGGAAGUGGGCAAAUUUAGAUUUGCGGCAUUCGCUAGCUAAAUUCGCCAGUAACUAAAUAAAGAUACUGUUGGGAAUAAAAUGUCUAAUUCUACUUGUUUCAUGAUCGCUUGUUAAAUAAAAAUAUAUAUCAAAAUACCGAGUAACACCUAAUAAAGUUUAGUUUUUAGAAACCUAGAGAUACUUCUUUUCUAUAAAUUAUGGUGGCAGUACUUACGAUUAUAUUAGUAACUAUCUUGAUGUAA